CCCACUUGUUGCGUUUCGCUUUUCUAUCUCAGAAAUAUUUGAGUCAUCUUCUAGUAGUGAGUGAGUGCUGCUGAUUGUGACAAAUUAAAGAAAUUGGACUAUUUUUAUAACAAUUAUCAUUUGAAAUAGUUGAUAAUAAGUGAAAUCAAAAUGUCUCGACCGGGUGAUAGGCCGAACCAAGCCCAAACAUACAAACUUGUGGUCGUCGGCGGCGGCGGUGUGGGAAAAAGUGCAAUCACAAUACAAUUUAUUCAGAGCUACUUCGUGACAGACUAUGACCCCACCAUCGAGGACAGUUACACCAAACAGUGUGUCAUCGACGAUGUGCCGGCGAAACUGGACAUUCUCGACACAGCUGGUCAAGAGGAGUUCAGUGCGAUGAGGGAACAGUACAUGAGGUCUGGUGAGGGCUUCCUCCUAGUCUUCUCAGUAGCUGACCACGCCAGCUUCGAUGAGCUCUACAAAUUCCACAAGCAAAUCCUCCGUGUCAAAGAUCGAGAUGAGUUCCCCAUGCUUCUUGUUGGAAACAAAGCUGACUUGGAACACCAGAGAGUUGUGUCACUGGAAGAAGCACAAGCCUUGUCGCGUCAACUCAAAGUCCCAUACAUUGAGUGCAGUGCUAAAGCGCGCAUGAAUGUCGACCAAGCGUUCCACGAGCUCGUCAGAUUAGUGCGCCGCUUCCAGGAGGCUGAGCGUAUCAACAUCAAGUCAGACUACGGAAGCGGCAAAAAGAAAAAAUGCACCAUUCUGUAACACUAAUUAUAUCUAUGGUGAGAUUUGUUCUAAACGUUCUACAUUCGAAGUUCGCGCCGUUCCGAUGACAGAUGUUUUUUUUUUUCGUUUUUUUUUUACAAAGAUGUUGAUUAUUUAUUUUUUUAUUCUAGAGAUGUACUGACUAUCUAUGGAGUGUUAGUCGAUUACCAAACAAUCCACUUUUUGGAAUAGCUUUAAUUUAGAAAUGUGAUUUAGCUCCCUCGUAAGCUAAAGAAGUCAAUGAAUGAAUAGAUAGUUUGUACAUUUUUGAUGAAAUUAUUCGGGUUGUAAUAUAAUUUAUAUUUAAAAUAUUUAUACAAUACAUCUCCAUGUUUAUCUACUUCAUUAGUUUUAAAGUGAAUAUACCGUCUUCUUAUUUUUUAUAUUUAUUACUUUUUUUAGCUUUUAAGCAUAAUUUGCUUUCUUCUUGAUGAAAAGCACAUUCAAAUGCAAAUUGCCUGUUUAUUUUUAUAGAACUUGAUUAAGAAUAAGUGUGAUACACUUCUGUUUACGAUAUUUAUGGUAGUGUUGAUUUUUUAGCUUGAACUAAUGCUAGACUGUGGCUGGAAUUAGGUACAAAAAUUGAAUAUUUAAACAGGGACAUUGUUUAUACACAGAUAUGCAAUAAUAAACAUUAGGGUUAUUAAUUUUUAGUCAAACAGCAAGUGUUAGGAUAAAAAUAAUUGUAUUCAAUGUUCAUAGCUUUAAAGAUAUUUUUAGAGGCGAAUUUUUAAUGAAAAUCUUUAAUAAAUAGUUGAAAUUUCAACAUUAUCAUAAAUA